UAAAAACAUUAGUUCGAUGCAACUGAAACUUGCUGAAGCAUAAGCAUAAUAAUUUUAAUAUUAGUAUCCAAUUCAACAUUAUGUUUUCAACAAACAGUCACAUAAGUAAAAUUAACAUGGAUGUAAUUAACAUCCCCAGCGAGGACCCCAGCAGCUACUGUCGCCUUUGUUUCUCCGUGCGAAAUCUAGUGCCACUGCUAUCUAACACUGGUGAACUAGAUACUUUCUUGCUAAAUUUGAUCGCUCAAUGCACAGGUAUACAGAUUGAUUCCAAUGAUAAUCUGCCAGGUUCAAUUUGCUGGAGAUGCGCAGUGGCAUUGGAAGAUUUCCAAUUGUUCAGAGAACGCAGCCUACAACAUGAUACCAUAAUUCGUGAAAGCCAUGCCACAAAGUACGAAAUCGAGUCGAUCAUAUCUGAUGGAUCUGGAAGUGGAUACAAACUGGAUGAACCACAAGCUAUGUCAACCGUUAAUCCACUGGAGGGUGAGUUAUCAGCAGUAGAUGAUGGAGUCGUUUCUGAACAUGACGAAACUGGGAUAUCCAUAAAAUCAGUUCAAUGUAAUAUGUGUACCAAAAGAUGCGAAUCUGAAGCAAUGUUGUGGAUCCAUUUCAAACAGCAGCAUUCUGAUGAUGGGCGCCCUUUCCAAUGUACAAUCUGCCCCGCAUCGUUCAAACAAAAGAACCAUUUAGAAUGCCAUAUAGCGUCGCAUAGUACAUAUUUGAGAUAUACUUGUGAUCAAUGUGGUGCAAACUAUGCAAAAUCUAAAUCUUUGACAAUGCACCGCCAGCAAAUACAUGGCUUGAAACCUACAAGGAAGACUAGUAGUGUCACAGGGAUAUCAAAUCAAUGUCCGCACUGUUCAAAAACCUUCAAACGUCGUCAUUUGUUGAACUUGCAUAUCAAAACUCAUAAUAAAAUGUUAACUUUCAAGUGUGAGUUGUGUAAUGCUCGAUUUGACAGUGCAGUAGGAAAGCUUAUUCACAAGGGCAAAUACCACACGGUGGAAGUUCGCAAAAAGGCACAACCUACCAAAAAUAUGUUCGAAUGCGUCUUCUGUACGCGCACUUUUGAGCAACAGAACCAUUUAACGCAGCACGUUAAGUACAGACAUUUUCCAAAGGACGCUAAAAAUAGGCCAGCAGAAGAUAAUGAUCGAAACAUAGUCGAGGAAGUGGAGGCGCCUGUUACGGUAAAGUUCGAGGUCGAUGAAGACGUUUCUUCGCAAUUUGGAUGGGAUUAAAUCGACGAUUUAGAACAUUUUGCUUGUAAUUUUCAAUUAUUAGACAGAGAGGCAAUGGAAAUUGGCUAGACUACACCCGGAAGCGAGACAGAGCAGCGUCGUUAGCUUUUGUAGCGAAGAAACGGUAUGCUGAGCGAAACUUCUGUGAUCUUCCGGCGAAGAAACUAUGGAACAACUUAAAGCGUGAAGACAUCCAAAAAGCAUCGAAGAGUGCUGCAGACGUGGAUGUAAGCGCGGACGAAUUGAAUAACUUUUUUGUUGAUGGACAUCGGCUACUGCCAACUGUAAGUACACCUGAACUAGUCUCUGUAGAACCGCGCCAUCGUACAGUAGUUGACCACGGGGAGCAUUUCCACUUCCACCAUACAUGCACAAACGAAGUAGCGAAGAGAAUAUGGGAAAUCCAGACCAACGCCACUGGGUCUGAUUGCAUCCCAAUCUCUUUCAUCAAAACGCUCUGUCCCUUUAUUAUACCGAUGCUGGUCCACCUGUACAAUGCGAUUAUUGAUAGCCAAAUUUUCCCCACAAUUUGAAAGAAGACUACUGCAACACCGAUCCCAAAAAUAACAUACCCACAGCAGCCUAAAGAUUUCCGGCCGAUUAGUUUGCUACCAGCCAUCUCAAAAAUUUUCGAAAAAAUUCUGCUAAACCAAAUCACCGAACACCUCGAAAACUUUAAUCCACCGCUCAUGGCGAAGCACCAAUCAGGAUAUACGAAAGGUUUUAGUACAACGACCGCGCUUGCAAAAGUCACUCACGACAGGUACAACAACCUCGAUCGGGGCUACUGUACAGUCAUGGCCCUCGUCGAUUUUUCAUUUGCCUUCAACUCCGUCAUCCAUCACAAGUUGAAUACAAAGCUUGCCGCAGAAUUACACUUCUCCGACACCGCAUGUGCUCUAAUCAAAUCAUUCCUAGGCCAGCGAAGUCAGGUGGAGAAUGCAGCAAGUGGCAUGUCCAAAGUCCAAGGAAAAAGCUGUAUUCGAUGGAACACCACAGGGAUCCUGCCUGAGCGCUCUACUGUUCAGCUUGUACAUCAACAGCCUGCCGAGCUGCUUAAAAUGUGCAUAUCAGCUACACGCUGAUGAUUUAUAGCUGUACGUGUCAGGCCCCAUCGAGGAAGUUGAAAAUCUGCUUGCCGAUAUCAACGCUGACCUAACAUCCAUCGAACGUUGGACAAAACACAAUCUUCUAUAUCCGAACCCCAAGAAAACACAUGCGAUCAUAUUUUGUCGAGAAGGAACUGUUACUCCAAUAACAAAUAUACGUUUUUGCGGCGAAACCAUUCCUCUGUCCAAGAAGGUCACUAACCUCGGUCUUCAAAUGGACUGUAACCUCAAGUGGACCCGUAGAUCAACAGUGUGGUCGCAAAAGUUUUCGGUUCUCUGAGCACAUUCCAACGAUUUGCAGCUGUUCUAUCACUUCCUACGCGAAAGAAGCUGGUGCAGUCUGUGAUCAUACCUUUCUUCACUUACGCCGACGUUGUCUACUACCCUGGGUUGUCAGCAACGCUCAAAUGGCAGCUUGAUCGUUGUUUUAAAGCAGCAACACGUUUCACCCAUAACAUUAAACGACGAGAAACAACAGCAAUGAUACGCAACUCAAUCCUGGGACACAGCCUACAAGAAAAUUACCUACACCGCAUAUGUUGCUUCAUAAGGCAGGGAUACAACGGUGAAUCUCCUGAAUACAUCACACAACAUCUGCAACUAGGUCGUUGCGAACGCACACGUAGUUUUCUGGUGCCCCACAAUACAACCUCCAGCAGGAAAAAUCCAAUAAUCCAUGGAGCACUCAUAUGGAAUGGACUUCCGCUAACUACAAGACAGCAACCAUAUUCCCUAGACUAACAAAAUAUGUACCUCUAACUCUAUCCAAUUGUCAAACCAUCUAAACUAUUUACUUUCGUAACAAUGAUAAAAAACAAAUACAAAUUAUUUCCAAGAAUAAAAGCUAUGAAGCAAAGCAAUGUCAAA